AUGGCUCUGCGGCUCCUGAUAGAGAUGGGGGUGACAUCCAUGCUGUCCGAUGGGAGCGAUCUAUGCAGGCCGCAAGGAUCCAUGGUCCCACGGCUGAUGAAGCUCGCCGGCUCUGAGCAAUACCGGCUAUCACAGCAUAGGUCUCUGAACCUCAGAGGAGGGAAGGGUCUUGGUAGAGUUACAGAGGAGAUGCAGGAGACGCUUCGAUGGUCUCAGAGGUACAAAUCUGACCAGUUAGUGAUACAAGAUGAAGGGAAAUCUGCUUUUCACGGAGAAAUUCCAAACUUCUACAUGUAUGACGGGGCACCAGAAACUGCCUGGAGCGUUCGCACAGACAAUCCGCUCCCUCCUCGCCGCAGCUACUUCGAGGUGUCGUUUGAACAGGAGCACAUCAAGAAAGGCGAAAUUCUAGAGGAGGGAUCCAAUGCUGUCGGGCUGGUCAGCAAACAUGUCGAUACCUUCGACGGUCUGUGGUGGGAGGACAGUAGACAGAACCACACUUGGGCCUUGCAUGAUAGCGAGAUGGAGAGCUAUGGGUGGAUCUCAGAUCCUUACAGGAGGCAAGAACGAUGGGCGCAGGAUGCUAGCUUUGGAUGCCAGGAUCGGGUUGGGAUCCUGGUUGACCCGGAAAAUCAUUCUGCAUCCAUCUUCUUGAAUGGGAAGUACCUCGGAACUCCUUUCUACGACCUGCCCGACGAGGUCUACCCCUUCGCAAGCUUCUCAGCUGAGAACAUCAAGUGUACCAUCUUCAGCGCUCCUGUGCCCGACACGAGCUCCCGGCAUGGUAGAGGGCAGCUGCAAGAUCAUCGGGCACGGCAAACGGGGAUGUACCGGGUUGUGCAACCUCACAAAGUUCCUCCCCCUCGAAGGUACAGGCAGUUGGUGCCGAAUGAGACAGAGAAGCAGUUGUUUCAUGCGGAGGGGAUAGAGUUCAUGGAAAACUAUACAGGAGCUCGACAGGUCCUGGACGGGCUCCAGAAAGUGAGGAGGAUGAGGUACAUGAAGCUGAUGAAUGCAACGAACGCGACGAGUGUGACAAAAAUCGUGAACGGGACGGAAGACAUGUACUUGGACGGUGACAAGUUCAAGGCCUUGAUCCACAAGAGCAAGACAGGAACAAAGUUCGACAUCGGGUUCGGCAUCUACAAGUGGCAGCGGAGGGAACCCUACGGGUCGGUGCUGAGUAGGUUCCAAGACGACAAUCAGGAGUUCAUGAAAGAGGCGGAGAUCACGAAGACGUGGAAUCAGGAGGAUACGGUUUUCGUGCCUCGAACUUGCUCGCACGAGUUGUGGGGCUACAACAAGAGCCUGACGGUACUGUGGGGGAGGUGGCACCUUCGCAAGGAGACGUGGGGUUCAAUCAGGGGAGUGACUUUGCUCAGUGAAGCUCCUGCGUUCAUGUACUUCACAUUCGAGGUGUGGGGCUCGUGGAAGUUUGCACAGUGCAACCUUCGGUGUGCGCAUGGUGGAGUUGUCCAAACGGACUACUCUGCCAAGGUUGUGUUCGAGGAUUGCGAUGUUAGCGGAGACGGGAAGCAUUCUCGACAAGCCCAGCGGCUCAUCCGAGCCAAGACCAACAGCAGCAUGUCUUUGUCAGGUUGCAGCUUGCAUCACGCCGGAAAGCAUGCAGUCACAGCGGCCAUUUCGAUCUGGAAUGGUGCUACUUGUUCGAUGCAGAGGUCCCAGGACGGGAAAAGUCGGUCGACGGUACACUCUGUGGAGAUUGCGGUGCAGUUGCUGCACGCGGGAUCGAUACAGAUUGAAAGCUCGAGGAUCGGACUUUGCGGGGCCUCCACCUUCCUCUACGGACCCUCUCCCUCCGAGGAGGACUUGAAUUUGAAUGCCUCUCACAUGCCGCUUGACAUGACAGGAGAGCUCGAGUAUUUGAUGGAAGACUUGGAAGUCAUGGGAUGCCAGUACAACGGUCCCGAGACCCACAACUGCUGCGAGUACAUGGCGCCGGAUCCUGUCUGGGAUGAACACAAGUGA